CAAUCGACCACCACAAACACAUAGAGAAGAGGGAUGUGUUCUGAACUAAAUUAUCUAUUUGUUUAUUUGAGUGCAUUUACUUAUUUGUAAACGUGCCACACUUUUGCAGACUCACUGCACGCGCAACUGGGAACUAUUUUGGUUCAAUAAAGGGGUAAAUAAACAACGGGCCAGUUCUAGCAUUAACAUCUUAGUUUUGAACACUGAAACUGGAUAAUGAGUAGUGACUCAUUAAUAAGCACUUACUUGUUACCCGUUAAAGGAAAAAAACAACACAAUUUCAAAGUUAAAACAAAACCAACAUAAAACACCCAAAAUAAAACAAUACCUUAAUCUAAAACAACUACUAAACCUGUUGAAUUUGAGCCAUAUGUUAGUUCACUAGGUACAAGUCAAGAAUACUACAUAACGCCUGUGGCACCUUUGGGUAUCGCACAUGCGCAGUGCGACCGGAGACACGACGUUGAAGCGUCACCGCAAACGGCGCUAGAAAUAACAAGAUGAAGACGUCUUCUCCACCAAAGCGUGAGUGAAAUAAGUGCUCUCCGGUUGCGCCACGUGGGAUACUCUCGUUCCGCGUGUACGGACUAUGUUUGACUGCGCAUGUGUCCAUUGUACCGCAAUGAAAGGACACAAGACAGACACCAUUUUUAGUCUACUAAGUUAUGUUCCAAAGUGUAUUCUUAUCAGGUUCAUCGGCGCGCGCUUGUUGCUAAGGACGCUAGUUGCUAGGGUUCCUGUCGCUAACAGGAAAUUGGAAUAACCACUUCCGGGUGAAGAGAGCCAAGCGGGAUCCACGUGAGCCAUCAAAGGGUUCAAAACGGAAACCGAUGAGGACGUGAUCUUUGUUUCCGAAAAGUCCUCAAUUAAAUCCAAAAAGAUCGCCGUUGACAAGGCGAAGCGACUGGAUCUGCAACGAGAUAUUGAUCAACAGUCACAGCCCACGAAGCUAGCCAAACUCUUGAAAAGCCAUCAGUCGGUUGCAGUUGGGAUGGAGAAAGUGAAGACGGAAAAGAAGAAGAAAUCUCUGUCUGUAAAGAAAAGUGUCGCUGUUGAUGAUGGAAACCUAGCAGAGGGGAAAAGGGACAAGAAGAAGGUCAAGGAGGUUGAUAUAAUUGUAAUAGAUGAGGAUUCUGUGGACGAAAGUGGUGAGCAAAAAGAGCCAAAGAAAAAGAAAAAGAAAAGCAUAAUUGUCUCUGAAUCAUUGAAUGGUUCUUGUGUCAAGAAUGGAAAUGACAAAGAAGUCAUCAAGAAGAAGAAAAAAAAGACUGUACCGCUCAGUUCAGUAAUAGAAGAAGUGGAAGAGAGUCAGAGGAAGGUGAAGAAAACUAAAAAUAAGUCUGUUCAAAAUAAACAACAAAAUGAGGAGGAGGAAGAACAUCAAAUCAGGAAGGAUAAAAUGCCCAAGAAAAACAAGAAGGGAACAAAUACUUUGGUUGUAAACACAGAGAAAAGUCAGAAGCAAGUUAAAGAAAAGAAGAAAAAGAAAACCACCGAAGGAACAGAAAAGAAAAAAUCCUCAAAAGUGACUGAGAAUGGAGUCCCAGAGCAAGUUGAAGAAGUAAAAGUGAAAAGGAAGAUGAAAAAGCAAGUCAAUGCCAAUGAAAAUGAAACAAAAUUAGCGGCGUCUGAGAUGAAAGGCAAAAAGAGGAAAUUGACAUCAGGCCAAAAGGUGGAGAACGACAAUACGCCCAACAAGAAGGAAAAACACACAAAGACUGAUGUUUCAAUAAUAGAUGAAGAAGAGAAGGAGCCUAGGAAAAACAAAAAGGGAGGGGGGGGUUCUGUGGAGGUUCGCAAAAUAAAGGAGAAAGAGCCAAAGAAGAAGAAGAAAAGGAAAGUGGAGAACUCAAAGGGAGGAGAGGAGGAACAAUUAAUCCUCAAUUGUGAUGAAGUUGAGGAGCAAAGUAUUGAAACAGAAGCCCCGGACACAAGGCACAGCAAGGAGAAGAAGAAGAAGAAGAAGGGCUCAACCAAGGAGGAAACAAAAAUGAAAGAUGUUAGUUCGGCAACCGGUGCAAAAGAGAGGAAGAUUAAAGAAGAGGGGGAACACCAAGAGGGGUCAAACCACUGCGACGUGGUCUUCCUGUCGAAGAAAGCUGGAAACACGGAUGAGGUCACCAUAAACCGGGAAAGAAGACUGGCUUUACAAAUGGAGAUCGACAAGGCGUCUCAACCUCAGAAAUCAGACAAACCAACGGGUGUCGGCCAGUGGGGCACGGCCCAGUUCAACAGCUCUGAACAGCAGCAGAAGUUCCUCCGAUUGAUGGGAGGCUUCAAAAAGGGUUCCGCUCCCGCUGUGGGGAGCACCCACACAGCAAACAUGGCACUGGGGAAAGAAGCACAGCAGCAGUUGCAGCAAGGGCUUCUGGGACAGUUUGAACUCGCUAAGUCGCGCAGAAUCAAUGUCAGUAACAAGGCAGCAGGACUUGGGUUCAGUGCACCAGCCAGUAAGAAGUUCUCCAUCGACAUCAAUACCCGUCGAUCAGUUCGCUUUGAUGAUUGAUGUCUGUGCGUAUGUGUUAUCUUCAAGAGAUCUUUGUGUGGGAAUACACAAUUUUAAAAUGUUUUACUUAAGAUUCAGACACCUGACUGAUCAAGUUCACCAGCAAAUGUACAUCACACGAGGCUGCUGUUAUUUGUAAUCGAGACUGAACACACAUGACAAAAUGUUUGUACGUACUGUUAUUUAAACAUCUGACUUAAGAGAUCA